UCAAUAAUACAGUAAAUAGCAUUAUAGACCUUAUAUAAAAUUGUUAAAUACUAUAGCCAAAAUAUUUUAUAUAUAUAAUACACUGCGUAAAACAAAAUAAAGCCAACAACAGAGAAAUUGUUUGGGAAAAGCAAAUCCCAUGAGUGUUCCUAUCCUACGUCCCGGAGGAAGAAGAAGAAACGAAAACAACAUCGAGAAGGCUGCCUGAGUUCGGCCGAAGUUUUUUGUUGCCCUGAAUAAGUGACAAGAGCUUCACUUCGAAAAUGAAGGUUACUGUCAAAAUGUUGCACGGUGGCCAGUGUUCAAUAGAGGUGUCUGGGGAUACAAAAAUAUCAGAGAUGAAGACAAUGGUGGACGAGUUUCUCUUCGUUGCACCACAUUUACAGAGACUUGUAUUUAAGGGCAAAACUUUAUCAGAGGAGAUGACUGUAGAUGAUGCCGGCAUUACAGAAGGAGCUAAAAUACAUCUCAUGGUUAAAAAGAGUGAGAGUCCAUCACCUGCCAAUGGUGCUGGAUCUUCUAAAAAUAUCUCGCCUGGUCCAACAAUAGAUUUCUUUGCACAACUUUCCUCCUUUCUUAGCAAACAUUUAACAGAAGAGCAAACUGCAAAGGUUGUUAGUGAAUUUAGAAAGAACUGCCAGUUAAUGAUAGAUAGCAUGAACUUUGAUGACAUUGAAAGAUUCGCGGCAAGUAACUUUACAGAAUUUUAAGAUUUUCUAUACACAGUAUUUUAAGGGUAAUGAAAUUUUUAUAAGACAAUGAUGCACAUGUUUGCUUUGGAAUCGGGCAUCAGUCAGAAUGAGUGAAGAGGCCACUGUUUGUGAGACUAAAUAUUUUUUUUGGUUUUUUUUUUGAGUGAAAUUAACCACUCAGAAUCUUGCAACUCCAGAGAUGUAGAGGGAAGCUGUUUGCAUACUGCUGUUAAACCAUUAUUUCAGUUCAGUGGAUACUCAGGCUGAGUUCUUGAUAACUAAAGGCUAUUGCUAUGAACAAUGUUUCCCUCUAGUAUAUUCCAUUAUUUGUAUAUGAGAUUUUAUAAGUAUUAAGUAACAAAAAGUUCAGUCAUGAUUCAGUUGAAAGGGGAAUACACUGAAAGUGAAAACAUGACAAAAAGACCUGUGGCAAGUUUUGCACAGAGGAGUUUGUAAAGUACAGUAUGCCUCUUUCAAAAGUGAUUCCAUUUUCAGGCUAUACAGUACACCAAGUACUAUUUUCAGUUGUUGCAUUGGGGUAUAUUGUAUUUUUAUACUGUACGAUGUAUUUUACAGUAUGUACCUGGUGCUUCAGUUAGUUGGUAGUACAUUUUUCUAUGUUGAAAGUUUGAGACUGUAUUGUGUGUAUAAUAAUUUUGCUAAAAUUUAAGCAGCAAACUUUCAGUUUAAGGUUUAUGAAGUAUCAUGCUAUAUACAGAUACAUUAUGUGAAAGUAAUGACUUAUGUUGCCAUAUAAAUAUUUACUAGAUAGAUAAAUAAGGACUUUCAAGUUUGUGGAAUCAGAAUCUACCUAUACUUUGUAGCAUGUAGUUUUUCUAUUACAUUUCCAUUAGCACUCUUAUUUCAUUUUGUUAUUCCUCUCAGAUCGUGUUAUCAUUUGAAUUAGAGAAGGGUUUGUCUAUGUCAGUUUGAAUGACUUAUUUAUCUAUUUAUAGGUUCAUGGGGUUUUGAGUUAACGAUAAAAUUUGUUACUUUUUUAAUAGUAGUGCAGCGCGAUUAUUGUUUAUAUUGCAUUAUUUAAGGUCAUAAUUACUAGAUCGUUAAGACGUUAAUAACAGUUGUAUAGCAGCAUUGGAUAGUCACGUUUACAGGUUUUACCUCAUUUUAGUGAACUGCUCAUUUUUUUGAGUUAGGGUAUUGUAUAUGCCUUCCUUGAUAGGUAUGAAUGUUAUGCAUUUUUUUAAUCUCAAGAUUUUAGUCUUACAUUAUCCUGGGGUAAUCGGAAUUUAGGACAAGAUUUUCAGCUAUUUACCCAAGAUAAUGUAUAUCAUUGUAAAUUCUGUGUCAUGUGUUUGAUUUUUUAUUAAAAAAUAUGAAAAUCUAAUUUUUAUAAAUUUUGUCUUGCCCCUUGCUUGUAUACAUAGUUUUAAGUGUCAUGUAUUUCAAAUGAUGAUCCAUCACUCCUUUCCAUUAGCAUUAGCCGUGAUUUUGGUGUGAAACCUACUCUUUUCUUCCAACAGAAUGAAAUUUCUUGCAAAUGUGUCUGGGGUAUUUAUCCAAAUGAGUGAAUUUUAAUUCUUCAAGAGUAAAACUAGUACAAAAUGUGGGAAAGGUUCAUGUCAUUUAUGCAGGACUUUAGCAUCCAUUAAUUUUAGUUAUGAAAUACUUUGUACUAGUUAAUGUUUACACAAAAGACAGACCUCUACAACUGAUUUCUUGUCUAUGUAGGUAGAGAUACCAAGCCCUGAAGUAUGUAAAUGUAGAGUUGAUUUCUAUCACCUUUCUGCUCCUUAUCUUUGCAAAAUUUGAGUACAUCUUAGCUGCUCAGGGUUCAGGGAUAGUGUUUUCAUAUUGUAAUGUAUCACAUUUUCACUUGUACGUAAUAACAUUAUAACUCAUGAGUAGGUUCUCAACAUGUGACUAUUAUUACAUUCCAGCUUCAGUUUCUCCAUUUCUGCCUUUUAAAUGCUUUAGCAUUUUUUGUCUCCUGUCUUCUCUCAUCCCCUUUAUAUUCCAAACCAUCAUAAAAUAUAUGUUCAAGAAAGAAAAACUAAAUAAUGAUAAAUAAAUGUAAGCCUAGAAAAUUGGAUUUUUCAGCACUGUCCCAUUGACGAUAAUACACACUGCUGCCUCAUUUCCAUGGACAAGGAAAUAGUUGCUUUUCCUAGGAACAUCUUUUAUCAUAUUUUUGUAUUUAUUCCAUUGUGCUAAUUGUAAUCCUGUGCUCUAGGCCCAUUAGUUUUUUGUUAUUGCGAGUAAUUUCGUCAUAGCUCUUAUGAGUUCUUUGAGGAUGGUGCUUAUGCUAUUAAUUUUGGUUAUUCUUUAAAAUUUUUUUGUGGCAUGGUAGCCAUUAACUUGCAAUUUUCUGUAUCUUUGUAAUUUCCUUAAUUUUAAGCAUUUUUGUGAGUUCAGAUUUUUGCAUUUAGUUCUACUACCUAUAUAUACCAGAGAGCUGUGCUUCAGUGAGCAAGGGGCAGGAAGCAUUUAGGCAGCCUUAGUGAUGUAUGGUCUUGUGUUUUUGACUUGUGACGUGCUCCCUACCUUACCUCAGUGUACUUGUUAGGGUCUGCCUGGCCUAGCUUGUAGCUCAUUAACUUUUUUCCAGUUGGCAAGUCAUUUACUACCUUGCUUCUAAAAGAUUCACUAUAAUCCCCUAGAGUAAUGGACACUAGUGCUUGUGCUAUCUGGAAAAUCCCUGUGCUGUAGGUUAGACAUAACCAGAUGUUGCCUGUAGCAGAUGAUGAUGAAAUAUCCUUAAGAUUUUUGUAAAAAAAAUAAUUAUAUUUACAAGGAAUUGAAAAAAAGCUUGUUUACUGAAACUAAACAUAUCAGAACUUUAUUUGUUCAUGAUACAAACGUAGAAUGGGUUUACUGCACUGAAUAAAGUAAGGUUGUCAAGUAUGUUAUUUACUGACAAUUCCUCACACUAUUUUAUUCAAUUGGAUGUACACUAUACCCAUUCAGGAUGAUCAGCUUUGGGAACAGACCUAUAUUUAAAGCAAGCAAGUAUAAAGUUUAACAAUAACUUUUUUCUUCAAAAACACCCGAUAAUUGUUUUUCAUUACAGUUCAAAAUACAUCAUGUAAUGGCUGGAACAAUUAUAGUUGUUAAGCUAGCUAAUACUUUUACAUGAAAAAAUGCAUUGAGACUAAACUGCUACCAGUAUAUUUUGAUUAUGUAGCAUUGAAAGAUACUGCAGUUAGCUUAUUGGAAAAGCAGCACUUUCCUACAGGAACUUGUUCUGUAUAACAGAAAUUCAUUACUACUGGGUAUUGUAUUCAAAAUAAUUUACUUAUUUAUGGUGUUCAGGUUACAUGCAAGUGUCACCUAUGGCUGUAACAUCAUUCUAAACGAUACAUAACAAGGCAUUAACAACAUUAAUUCAACAGAUACUGGAUCUGGCUUCAUGCUUUUCAAUAUAUACAAAAAAGUAACAAACAACAAUAACAAAAGUGGAAACAUGUCUUAGUAACCUCAUUAUCAACUUCUGAUAAAGACAAAUAUCAAAGUGAUAACUCAAGUUGUCAAAACAAUUCACAGAAUUUAAUUUUGCUUCUUACAGAAUCAAUGAAAAUCAACAACUGGCUUCAUUAACAAUGUGAGAAUUCUCUAAAGCAUUUACCAACCAAACAUCUAAUAAUUACAAUUAUUUUCUAUUGUAGACUACAGUGCUUGAGAACUUGUGAUAUUCAACAAAUAAAAUGUUCACACAGGUUUAAUCACAUUCUGUUUCUAUAAUACUACGUACUUGGCAAUGUUGAAGAACAAAACUUUUUAAAAAUAAAUGAAAUGAGCUAUUCAAAUUCAUACCAUAAAUGAUGAUAAUGAUACAGGGCAAAAUCAGUAUAAACUACAGUACACAGAAAAUGGAAAUGUUUCUGUACAUAAUUAAAGGGGUUUGUAGGUAUUAAUCUCAAAAAUGCCAGCUGAGAAAUUUACUUAACUAUUUCUGUGACAGCACUUCAGCAUCAGAGCUACUUUUGGAAGGAUGCAGGAGAGAUAUUUCUCUAUCAAACUCCCUUCUGAAAGAAUUCCAAUUCUCCUUCUACAUGAUUAACUAACUUAAUUCCUGGUAAGUAAAGGAUCCUUAGAUUCAGUUUGGAAUAAAUUUCAUAGGCCUGUAUAGUGUGUGGUAGGUGAUGGAGUGACUUCUAAUUCCCUGCUACUGCAGUCACUCGUAAAUUCCCAGUCUCAGUCAUCUGUUUCAGAGUCUCUUGUUAAAAUUCCAUGAUCUAGAAUAGUCAAGUCUGGCUCUGUUUUAAGAGUAAUUCUGUGAUGGGGAUCAUCUAUAGCAGCUAGAGUGGAUGCUUGGGCAGAAAGUGGAGAGGGAGGUGGAUCAUGGCUCAUGUCAAGGUCUUCGCCAAGAUCUUCCCCAGUCAUCACCUCAGCAUUCAUGGUGACGGAGGAGGAGUUGUUGCUUAUAAGAAUACUCUUCUCUGCCUGGAAAAUGUAGCAGCAUGAGAAUUAUGAAGGCAAGAAGCAAUAAGCAGUUACCUGUAACAAAAAAAUGUUGGAAUAAUUCCCCAUGAGACUGUAUGGUUAAUGGUUAAAUAAGAGUUUAUAUCACAGGAAUUCACAUAAUUAAGGGAUCACUAUAUUUCCUAAAACUUGUCUUUAUAGUGACAAAUGCUUACCUUUAGCUUCAUAAUUAUCUUUAGGUAUAUAUUUAUCUUACGGAAAUUUACAGUAAAAAAAAAUGCACUAGAAUAACAUAAAAUAUUAACAAAUUACCUAUCAAAGUAGCUUGGUUCCAACAAUACUAUACGUACUAUACCUAUUGCUGUCAUUACCAUAUAUUGAUGUGAUGUUUGGGAAAUUAUACACAUCUACAUUGUGAUUGUUUUGUAUAAACCUUACAAUUCUGAUGAAAUAUGGUAUCAAGAGGAACAAGUAACUUACAUGUCAAUUCAAUCUGUAUA